AUGCAAGAGGGCGUUGUCGGCACAUCUGGCGGCUUCGAACAAAUGCUCGAAAGCACGUAUAUAGCAACUCGCUCGAGCUUCUUCGCCAUGGUAUCCGUCGCCGAGCAGUUCAGAAACCUGCACGGGGGCACGACUAGUGCAUCCGCCACUGAUUGUGGUCAUCCGAAACUUGCCCAGGAGCCGGAAACGGGACAUGAGCAUGUGCCGCAGACGCCCUCGAACUCCUGCAAUAGAAGACGGGAAAGGUUCAUCCAGGGAGUCCUCGGAUUUUCUUUGUACAACCCGGACAGCGGCCGUGGCUGGCCUGUUCCCAGCGAGUAUAAGUCGACCGUAACUCGGAAGACCCUUCUGGCCGAGGAGGCUAUCGCCGCGCAUGAGAACGCGCUCAAGUUUCACGAAGAAAGCCUACAGGAUCUGCACUCCAAUCAUGCUAGAGAUAUCGAAAGCAUCAGAGCGAGCUCCAAGGCGGACUAUGACUCGCAGGUCAAUAUACUCACGUCCGAGCACGCUGAGAACAUCAAAUUGCUAGAGAGCGAUGCCUCCGAAGCCCGCGAUGAGAUCAAAAAGGUAGCCACGCAAGUAGCCUUCGCUAUAGGCUUGGACGUUAGCGUCGAAAAGAUCUCUGAACACAUCGGAGACUUGGUUGCUGACCAAAAGGCCCUGCUCGUGCGGCUUUCGCUGCCGCUUCUGGUGCUGCUAAGACUGCUGGCCAUGAGGGCCUUAAACCAGUCGCGAUUGCGACUAGAAAAGCCCGCCACUGCUUCUGGUGUCGUGGGAAGUAUCGAUCUGAGGCCUACGACAGAUCAGCGGACGCGGUGCCGAGAUACACCGCGUGCGUCCGGCGAGGAUAGCAUGAUGAAUACCCCCCUUGCCCUGUUUCCGAUGGCGACGAUCGAAGUCGACGAUCCGGACUGGGGAACGACGCCCCUCCAUCCGAACACAAGAAAUGUGGCCAGCGGCGGAGACGAGUGA